AAUCCUACAGAUUCCUGCAAGCCACCGACUAGAAAGGACUGUCAUCGAAUUAAAAUUACAGAAUGAGAAAAAAUAGUGCCAUUAUAAAAUUAGCGAAAAAGUGUUUUUGAUGCGUUUCCGUACCAAUCUGCAACACGCUCGGGAUCAGUUCAAAGUGCAAGUUUCGUUUUGGUUAUUUUUGACUUGAGCCUUGAACCCUUGAAACGAAGUAUUUUUCCGUAAUUUUUCAGUAUGUAAUCUAAUAUUCAAGUGCUAUGCUUCCACUUAAUCCUUAUCAACAAUCUGGAAAGUCUGAACUUAAGAAUACCUUAUGUCAAUUGGACCUCAAACGAAUGUUGUACUGACUGUACAAAGCUGAAAAAAUGUGAUAUUCCGCAUUAUAUCAUCGAGACGAAGAAAAAAAUUUCGCAUAGAAAUUGUUCAUCUUGUUCCUUCAUUCUUUGGUACUGCUGCAGUGCAUACCUUCCAGGCGCAGCCAGACUGCUAUACAUAAAUAUAGUGAAAUAGCACAACGACGGCCAGCGUGACAUAAAUCAUGUAGAGAUGAUACGAAAAGUAAAGCCGUAAAAAUCGUUAUAACCCCAUCGUUGUCGUGUUAUACUCUGAACACAGUUUGUAUAGUGCAAUGUUCUUGGCAUAAGGGUGUCACAUAAAUUAUUAUUGGUUGCUAAAGUUGUAUAACAAAAUUCAAAUUUGGAGUUUGAUUUUGAAAACUAUUCGGAAAGUUGCAUCAAAUAAUAAGUUGAAAAUUUGAAAUAUGGCUAAGAAGAUACCUUUCAAGGUUGUGUUUGCCUCUGAUGAAGACUCUGAGUAUCCUGCUAGUGAGUUGAACAGUCACAGUCCAACAGUACACGGAUGGCGCUCCAAUUCCAGCAGUCCGGUUUCGCCGAAGGAGAUUGUCCUGCGAUUCUUCAACCCAGCCCGGAUAGUGCGAAUCCAGGUGUUGGCCCAUCAGUACUAUAUACCGGAACGCAUCGAACUAUGGUUACACUAUUCGAGCAGAAGCGCACCGAGUACUCCCUCUAGUCAAAGCUUCGAGUACAUGGGAUUCGUAGCAUUGUCGGACAACUCGAGCACCAAUUAUGCUUCGCGAGAAUUACAAAGCGUUACGGUAGCUCCGAAAGUUGGUUCCCAUCUGAAGUUACGGCUUGGGCCUCCCUAUCAGAACAAGUUCAACAAAGAUAAUCUAGUUGCGCUGUUGGCGAUAAACAUUCUUGGCGAAGAAUUGUCAUCCGAUGAACUAGCGUCGAUUCAAUCUAAUACGGCACUUCUUAGCGUUAUACCAGCAAAUAUUGAAGCGUUGACCAGUACAUUAGCUUCAGCAUGCGAUGAUCUGUCGUAUUCGAUGUACGUAGAAGAGAGCAUCUGCGAUGUAGUACGAAAGAUGGAGGCGUUGAAACUGCAAGCUGUACAGGAGGAACGCUUCGAAUACGCACGGAAGCUGAAGCUAUGUAUGACAGCACUGCGCACAGCAGGUGAACGUCUCGGUCGAUACGCUCUAGCCAAACGUCAGGCAGUUCAGCAGGAGGACUUCAGUACGGCAAGACUUCGCAAGGAGCAAAUCGAAAUGUAUAGGAAAGCCGUUUUUGAUCAGUUGAAAGUUGACACUUUGCUGCGGAAUGACAAGAGCAUAACCAGUAACGAUUCCUGUUCGGAACUGUAUUCAUCGAAACCGACGCUGCCUUCACCUCCUAGCUUACAAGAUGUUGCAAGUGCUUUAUCUGAAAGUUCCUUACCGAUAAUGGCGGAGGUAGCCAUUAAACAGCAAACGUUACUAGAUACGAUCGAUUCAAUGACCACUCAUUCCACCUCCUCCACUUCAGCGCAGAGUAGACCUGUGGAGGUUGCGACGUGUAGGUCUCAGCACAAUCUUUCCAGACCUGAGGAUAUUCCGAACUCUCCGCUGUUGAGUCACAAGGGACGCAGCCCGAUGCGUUCACCUACCAAUACGGGAUCACUGCGUCGACGCAACAAAAGUGUACCACGCAACAGCUACGAAGACUACGAUGAACGAGCAAUCUCUACUCUAAGGCAUUCACAUACGAAUGACUUUUUGAGAGAAUGUCAGGGAACAGCAAUGAUUGAAAGCGAGUCCGGAAAGAUACGAUCAAAGUUGAAUGAUCGAGAGAAAAGACAAGCUGCACUUCCGAUUCUGAUUUUCGGAAUGGAACUAGUGGAACUGAUUUAUUCGCGACAGUUUACCGAUCGCGAGGAAGGGCUUAUAAGGCUGCGAAGUAUCUUGAAGCGAGAUAGUGAGGAUGAUCAAUCGGCGGGUCCCGGUAAGAUAUGUCGAAGUGCAACGCUGCUGCUUCAUCGUGGAGUUAGAGAUGCAGUGUUCUCCGUGUUUAGCCAGGCGACAGAGACUGUGAGAAUGUUAUUCAUGGAAUUUGUGCCAAAUCGAGUGUCUCCAAGCGAAGUAUCACGAUCGGUUGAUCGGCUUCUGCCAGAAUUGUUAUCAAAGAGUGGGGAUCCAUCGGCUAGGGUACAUACGCUAGCUCAGCAUACGAUCUUAAGCAUCGCGGCAUGUCAGGAGGUGAGAGAUCAGCACUUGAUUGCACCAGCCUUAUCCAGACCAGUCGGAAGCGGAACUCAUCCACGUUUGGCCCUCAGUCGAAUGCAGAUGUUGGAACAGUUAGUACUAUGUCAGGGGAUCUCCAGUGAUAAACAGAGUGGUUUGGCGUGCAGGACACUGUCUGAAUCAGGCUGUUCCGGAAUCCACCAUCCAGCGGAAUCGGUUCGAAAAGUAGCUGAACGUGUGCUUCUCUUGGUUUACAAGGUAAACCCUAGACUGGUGAGGAAACAGUUACCGCCAGACGAUGAUAUCACGCGAAGAAACCUGCUCUAUAGACAAUUGUUUACCGAGUUCGAUAAAAUAGAUCUACAGCGGAAGAAGGAAAUGCUAGAGAGUAAACAAUUCAGCGGCCCGACUACAUUUGCGGGCAUAUGUUCUCCACCAAUGUCGAAUAGUUCGAAAAACUCACCCCCGGUAGAAGUACGCAGUAGAGGGCUACGGCAUGACGGUGCUGGAGGAGGCGGUCGAUCGAUUGUCAGUUUUUUCGACGGUACGCACUCAAGUUGGCAAUCAGAACUCAGCUCAUUGAAAUUGCAGGAUUCCAAUUCGAGCCCGGUACGACGCCCAGAUUCGGCCGGAAUUAUCAAGAGCAAAAGUGGCCACGCAAUUGGACACCAUCAUCACUGGUCCGGGGAGGAUAGAUUCGAGAGUUCAUACUACGAGAAACCGGACUGUAACGGAAAGGAUUUGGACGGUAGAGGGAAGCAAAAUUUGAGUCAACCGAAAACUAUGAUCUAUGACAGUACGGCGGGGUUCUUAAGUUCUGAGAAUGGCGGCGUGAGCUCAAGAAAGAGUUCUAACUCGGAUUCGUUUGAAGGGAGCGAUAAUGAGAUCCGUUGCCCGUUCUGCGAUUGGAUCUGUCAUGGUGAUCCGACACAGCUUGAUAAACACUAUUGGAAAUCAUGUCCAGUGCUGACUAAGUGUCCACAAUGCAGUCAGAUACUGGAAGUAGCAGCUGUAACAGCUCAUCUAAUCAAUGAAUGCGAAGCGAAAACUAGCUACGUGACCUGUGAACGUUGUACAGAAUCGGUUCAUAAAGAUCUGUACGAAUACCACAUGAUGGAGGACUUUUGUCGAGAAUUAACAACUGGUGCCGCUCGCUGUCCACUGUGUCAUGACGACGUGCAGCUGCCUUUGGACGGUGGAUGGAAACGUCACCUACUCAGUCGUUCGGGUUGCUUGGGAAACUCUCGUAGACGUGCUAAGGUUUAAAAAUGGUCAACUGAUUUACAGAAUUAUUUCUUAUGCAUACGCCGGCGCUUCAUUGCCAAAAGCAGAAAAUGAAACUAGCGACGCUUUUAAAUGUCCAAUUUAAACAUUUCAUAAAUUCAGAAGUGGCAAAUAGAUAGACUUUUCAAUCAAAAUUCGAUCAAAAAUCAGGCAGCACCGACACAUACGAGCAAGUUUUAACUCACUUUUUCACAUUUAGAAGUGGAUAGUCUCAUCGAAAAAUGGCAACUACAUUUUCUCUAGAUUUUUGAUAGUAAAUUUUUGACUAAUCAAACAAGCAGAGUUGUUGUAAAUGAUGUCUGCUAAAAUAGUACCAACUGUUAGUGCAAUGAUUAACCUAUAGUCUAGUUUAAACAAGAAUUUUAAACAAAUCAAGCAAUUGAAAACUAAAGACAAUUUGACGUAUAGAAUGUUUUGUUAAGACAGUAGACUUUUAAAUAUUACACAUUUUCGAAAUUAGUGAUUAUCCCUCCCUGGUGAAAAAACCGUCAAAAAUUACUGUCCGUAAUGUAAAACCAUGAAAGUAUUUCCCGUCCUUACCAACCAAUUAUAAUAAAAUGAUCUUUUUCAAAUACGCAAUGGACAA